UAGGCUGUGCGCAGUACCACGAGCCCUUGGCGUACCAAGCAAAUUCGGACCACUGAACAAUGGCAGAGAUCGGUAAACUUUAGAAAAAUAAGGCCCUCGUUCAUUAACAGCAAGCAAGCGAAAGGACCAGUCUGUCAACGAUCUGUCUGAACAUUGAUUGGCUAUAAAGUAAUUCGCACAAGCCAAGAUGUCCAGUAUGAAUUACCAGAAGGUCUACAUGAACCAGAUCCAUUCCAGCUCACUUCUAUGUCAGCUGUCACACAUGUGGAAGGGCCAGAUGUUGUGUGAUGCCAUCAUUAAAACUGGUCAAGUUAUUACAAAAGCCCACCGAGUUGUGCUGGUGGCAGCUUGUCCUAUGCUACAGUCCAUGGAGAAUGCCUCUGCAGGUUCACAUCUAGAAGUUCGUCUAGCAGCCGACAUCAAACAAGAAUCAGUCAACACAUUCCUACAGUAUUUAUACGAGGGAUUCAUGAUGUUAACAGAAGAAAAUGUCCGUGAUGUGGAAAAAGUAGGAAGACUUUUACAAGUAGACAGUGUUAUCAAAUGUUGUGCUGACUUUUACAAAUGUAUGAAUGCUAAAACAGGUGCACCGUUUCCGGGAUCCUCAUACAAGUACUCCUUUUCAGGACAUGAUCUUGCUGAAUUCCGUCAUGUCCGUGCCACCGGCUUGCAAAAAACGGCUUCUGAAAGAAUAAUUAAACGUGUUUCUGAUUUCCCCCGGCCCGGAAGUCCAGGAAGUAAGCGUCCAAGGCUAUACAGAGGGGGAAGUCCGUCAGAUGUUACUGUGAUAGGGUCGGACAAAGCUGAUGAUACAGCAAGUAUGUCCCAUAGUUACAUGUCUGGAGCUCCAGAUCCGUGGGACAGGGUCCCGAAACUGGGGUCAGGCAUGAGUCGUCAGGGUGCUACUGGGAGGAACUCCCAGCCUGGUGUGAUAGAAAUUAUUGAAGAAAGAAUUGAACUUGUACAGACUGAGCCUCCAGAAAAAGAUUCUGGGCAACCAUCAUCAUCCCGUUCAUCACAGAAGUCGGCAGCAGUGUCCAUUGCUGUAACUAGUCAGUUUAACACAGAACCAGACAUUAGUGUUGUAAAUGUGUUUGGCAGCCCUGAAACCCAGUCUACAACUGCUGCUUCCAAUGCAAUAACCUCAUCCAGUUCGUCCCGUGGGUCCAUCACCGUCAGCCCAUUAACCAUCUUCCAAGAACCCCACCCUCAGUCAUCAUCUGCCCCUGAACCCUCCUCUUCUUCCUCAACAGUUGAAUCAUCAGGCCAGGUAUCAGAAAUACAGUUUGCUGGAUUCUCCCAAAGACAAGAUGUGGUGGACAGUGUAUAUGGUAUGGGAAAACAGCAAAAGAGUGUAGAUAGUCAAUUAACCAGUACUCCUCAUCAAAGACCGUUUCCAGUGUCUGUAUCGCCCAUCACCCAACCAAAACCUUUUGCAGCUGGAAGUGCAGUACAAGCUGGAAUAUCAUCGCCCUCAUCCAUGUCCCUCCCACUGGGCUCGCCGUCCAGCAGUAAAUCGGUCCAAAAACCCAGAAGUGCACCAGCCUCGCCUGCUGAACGAGCAAGGGAUAGCAGGAGGGCAUCUGAAGCAGCAGGUAUGCACAGCACAGCUGAUAUGACACCAGACUUAAGUAUAGUGAAAAUAGAAUCCAGCAAUCAUGAAACAGGAGGACUUGAUAUGCAUGUUGAUAUGCCAGAGGAGGGGGUGAUGCGAAUACAUCCAGGGAGGAUGCCGGACGAACAGGAAGAGGCUAGUGACAAGGAGAUCGAGGAUUGGGCACGCGAGGAAAUGUCAAACGAAGGAAGCAACAUAAGUGGUGACCAGAAUAAUUCCUGGUACAUGGGAACAUUCAAAGGGCCCCAGUACCCCGCUGCAGGGUGGGGCCGGCGAGGGCGGAGAGAGGACGAGCUUACUGACGUUACCUUCGUGCUACUAGACCAACCCAAUCUGACAGAAGUACCCAAAAUCACCACACUGAGAGAUCUGGCAGCCAAGGGCUUAGGCACAGCAAGCUGUUCCGAGGACCAAAGUUACUCCCCAGGAGAAGACGCAGCCCCUAACUAUGUGUUCCUGGACACGGGCGACAUGCAGACGGUGCAGUGGGCGCUUAAACUCUUUAGAGGAUUCCUGGUAAGUCUGAACCUAUCUGUAGACUUUGAGGCAUUUCCUCCGUCACAGCUCAAUGACUGUCUGUCCAAGUUUUAUCUCGAGGCCAAGUCCAAACGCGGGGAAAUGUACCAUGUGAGCACCCUGACGGACGUCCGAAACAGCAUCAUGCGUUACCUUUCCAACCUCACUCCGGAAUGGAAGUCGCAUAUCAAACAUUCCGAUGUGUUCCAACCUUCCAACAACCUCCUCGACAACCUGCGAGAGAGUUUGACAGAGACCCCAAUGAAACCCAAGGCACCCAUGAAGAUCCCAAUGACAUCAUCGGAUGUCGGACUGCUGAUAUCUUCUGGGUGUCUAAACCUUGAAACCCCCCUGGGUCUGUUUAGGAAGGUUUGGUAUGAUCUCACCCUACAUCUGGGGUGUGGGGGACAAUCUGCUCUCAGAGGACUCACACAGGAUUCCUUCGUCUUGGAGACUGACGAAAAAGGGAGGAAAUUUUAUCGGCUCAAUCACAGUAUUAAAAUCCAAAGGGCAAGGUCAUGUAUGGAAAUGCAGUACUGGAAUUGGGAUGGUCGCAUGUAUGAAAUAGUCGGUAACCCAAUGUGUCCUGUUAAAAGCAUGGACAAAUAUUUGUCCAAGCGUAACCCAAACAAAGACGCGUUUUUCCAGCGACCCAAAGGGCAUGUGCAUCCGACGGACAUGGUUUGGUACGAGUCUCCAGUUGGGCAUGGAGUCCUUGCCUGUCUCAUGUCCAAAAUGGCAGAGGAUGCAUGUCUGAGCCGGACUUACACCAACAGCAGUAUUCGUGUGACCAUCGCCGACCUACUGGAGAGGAAGGGAUACAGUGUGGAGACCACCAUGGGUAUGGACCCUCGCAAUAAAUCCACCAAGUCACUACCUACGUUCUCCAAUGUCAAGGCUGAUGACCUCCACGCUAACUCUGCUCUCAUACACAAGAUCAUGUACCAUUGCGAUACAGACUGAGGUCGAUGACCUUUCACCUCUUGCAUGGGGAAAACUCAGUGACAUUUUUAACCUGACGGGUGAGAAGUUAACCACCUUAUUAGAAACAAUUCCAUGUUUAUUUGACCUUUGCACUCUUGUACAUUUGUAUAAAAUGAGCAUUUUAAUUGUAUUACACUGUGUACAGUACUGAGUAUAUUUAACCGUUAAUCUGUAAUGUGAAAAUCAGUUUUUCAGUUGAAAAGUUUAGUUCCUGUGGUGUCUGGUUUAAACAGGUUUCACAAUAAUAUAAAGAUUAUAUCGCUAUUUGGUUGUAUAUUGCUUCCUGUCCAGUCUGUGUUCAGGGUAUUGCCUAUUAUUUCUAGUCAAGUUAAAUAAUCGUAAACUAUGUAUCUGCUGAAAAUCCUGAUGUUUCCCUUAUACGAUCCCAAACAUUUAUAGAAUUAGGCCACGGAAAAUCAGAUACACACCUACAAACAUUAUAUAAACUACAGGUACACUUCUGGUGAGAUAAUUUUACAGUUUUGUUGAAACUGUGACAUAAUUAUACAAAAUUUGUGAGGUUACACUAAUAGAGAUCAGAGAAAGACCAUUUUUUUACUGAAUCCCCUACCUCUAUGUACCAGCUUUUAGCCUGUGUAUACUGUCCAGCUUUUAGCCUGUGUGAACUGUCCAGCUUUUAGCCUGUGUAUACUGUCAAGCUUUUAGCCUUUAUGUACUGUCCAGUUUUUAGCCUGUGUAUACUGUCCAGCUUUUAGCCUGUAUCUGCUGUACAUUAUUGUAGACAUAUUGUUUGUUGUUUUGUUACUAGCUACCAAUACCAAAGAAUCUAUUUUGCAUAUUCAAAGAUGUUGAUGUUCUAGAUGUUCUUGAAUACAAUGUAGUUUUAUGUUGGGAAUCUUUUAAAGUAUGACUGAAGAGAUUUUAAUCCUUUUGACUUGGAUUUACAUGGAGCAUCUCUUUGCCAAGGGAAUUCACUGUUGUAAGAAUAAGAAUAUGUCCCUUCCCCACCCAUCUUCUAUGACUCAACAGGGGAAAUAAGGAUAUGUCUUUAAUUACUAUUCUUUUGGUGCAACUGCAGGGAUUUUGACCUAAUUCAGCACUAGGCCAAGGUAAUGCAAUGUAGUACUGUAUAAAUAGUGUUGUGUUAAUUAGAAGAUUUUACCACCAGAGUAUAGAACAUACGAAAUGCUUGUGCCGCAAAAAUGUCAUCAAGUCGAUACAUCUCCGGUGUCCAGUGUAACCAUUCUUUGUCUUAUCAGCAUCAACGCCACCAUGCCCUGAAAUUAAGCUAGUUCCUCUUCAUCUCCAUUCACAACUUAAACAUAUUACUUAGGUCUGUUGAGAAAUUAUCCAUCUCCUGUAUGACUGCUAUCGAAUGGCAUGGAUUUGUUUUACAAUUCAAAUCUUUGGCAGUCUAUCCUCAUCAAGGAUGCCUUUUCCAGAAAUUCAGUGAACACACCUUGUCACUAAUAAGAAUAAAGCUUUCACAGCGUAACUUAUCGCCCCUGAAAUUUCAUAAUGAACUAUUCCAUCUUUUGAAUUGGAAGAGUUCAAAUGUGUCUUCAGGGGUGAAGAGUUAACAUAGAGGUUCUAUAGAUUUGAUCACUGGAGUUUUCAGCUGAAUUGUCAUGGUCUUUUGUAGAUAUUUUGUCGAAAGCUAAUUUUCCACUUAUGCUAUAGGUUAAUGUUCACUGAAGGUAAUUUUCAGCUUCAGCUGUUGUUGCCCAGAUUGUCAAUAUUUUCUCUGGUGCUGUAGAUGUAUAUUAAAUCUGUCGCUUGAGUUUAAGGUGUAUCUAUGUAUUGCUAUCAUGAUUACAUUUCAGUGAUACCAACCUUCAGCCCUGUACACUACCAAUAGCUUAACAUGUUCCUAAUGAUAUACACAACAUGACACCGGCCUUAAAUUGUCACUGACAAAUCUACCUUGAUAUUACACAACUUAUCACUGAAGAAAGGCGCUGAGCUUAUUAGAUAUAAAACCUCAACCUCAUCCCAAUAAAUGUUUCACCCAUUUCCCAUUAAAUUUCAAACCCUUACAACUGGAUCCCCCACCUUUUCAAACAGAACCACUCCCCUCCCCUCCCCUCCCCUCCCCUCCCCUCCUAUGAAUUGCCUCUCUAAAGACUUGUAUACAGUCAUUUAUCCUCCAGAGGCACUAUGUAUGAAACCUGGCAUUUAAUAAAAUUACAGCUGCAGGGAUCCAUGUAGUGCAUACUGCUGUAGAGAUCAAUGUAGUGCAUACUGCUGUAGAGAUCGAUGUAGUGCAUACUGCUGUAGGGAUCCAUGUAAUAAAUACAGCUGUAGGGAUCCACGUAAUAAAUACAGCUGUAGGGAUCCAUGUAGUAAAUACAGCUGUAGGGAUCCAUGUAAUAAACACAGCUGUAGGGAUCCAUGUAAUAAAUACAGCUGUAGGGAUCCACGUAAUAAAUACAGCUGUCGGGAUCCAUGUAGUAAAUACAGCUGUAGGGAUCCACGUAAUAAAUACAGCUGUAGGGAUCCAUGUAGUAAAUACAGCUGUAGGGAUCAAUGUAGUAAAUACAACUGUAAAGGUCCAUGAAGUAAAUACAGCUGUAGGGAUCCAUGUAGUAAAUACAGCUGUGGGGAUCCAUGUAAUAAAUACAGCUGUAAGGGUCCAUGUAAUAAAUACAGCUGUCGGGGUCCAUGUAGUAAAUACAGCUGUAGGGAUCCAUGUAGUAAAUACAACUGUAAAGGUCCAUGAAGUAAAUACAGCUGUAGGGAUCCAUGAAGUAAAUACAGCUGUAGCGAUCCAUGUAAUAAAUACAGCUGUAAGGGUCCAUGUAAUAAAUACAGCUGUCGGGGUCCAUGUAGUAAAUACAGCUGUAGGGAUCAAUGUAGUAAAUACAACUGUAGGGAUCCAUGUAAUAAAUACAGCUGUAGGAUCCAUGUAGUAAAUACAGCUGUGGGGAUCCAUGUAAUAAAUACAGCUGUAGGGAUCCAUGUAAUAAAUGUCUAUUUUUAUUGGAAUUUCAUACCUAUAUAUGUGGU